GAGCUCGAGACAGAUGCAGCCGCCUCCAAGCCUUUCCUGAAGGCUGGACAGUGCUGCUUCCUGACAGAGGACACCACUGUGAACGUCCUCCCGACAGUCAACGGUAAGCUACUGAUGGCGCUGGGUGAUGGCGGCUUUCAGUAUCUGCUGGCGGGGGCGCGGGCGAGCGUGGGUGUGAAG